AUGACGGAUGUUUGGAAGUCGAACGCAAGGAGAUUUUGCGAGAUAUGUAAGGUAUGGUUUGCGGAUAAUCGAGUUAGUAUAGAGCAUCAUGAAGGAGGACAAAAGCACAAAGCUGCUAUCCAGGCUAAACUACGAGAGCUUGGUAAACAAAACAAACAAAAAGAAAAAGAGAAGAAUGAUUUACAAGCAACGUUAGCGAUGAUGGAAUCUGCGGCGAGCAAAAGUAUGGGAAUUGGUGGUUCAUGUCCUUCGGCGGGAAUAGCCGGUCCGCUGCCGAAACCAAAAAAAUAUAUGGAUCCACGAGUACAUAGUGCUUCAAUCGCUGAAAUGGCUCGUCAGAUGGCGCAGCGGAGGAAAGGGCAGGAAUUAGAGCAGAAGAAAGCAGAAUAUAAAGCAGAAAAUGAGAAAUGUGAUCCAGAAAGUGAAACAGUUUGGGUUGAAGCUAGGGCAGACAAUGGUGCACUAUAUUAUUUUCAUAUGUAUAAUGGAGUAACCGUUUGGGAGCAACCCCAAAAUUACUACACAGCAGAACAGUACGCUAUGAAAUUGGCUACGAUGGAGAAUAAGACUGAUGCAGUGGCUAGGAAUCAGGUUACUGAUCCAAAUAUAUUGCAAUCAGAACAGCGUCGUCAUUGGGGUCAGCAAGAAACUGAAGGGAUCAGUAAAGCACCGAAGAUACGACAAAGCGCUUUUUCACACACUGAGACUGAAAAAGUAAUUCUAGAAGAACGAAAUGCAAAAGAGAUCUCGUCAAAUGUUCAAAAUCCAAGUACAUAUCAGUCAACUUCUAUGAAUGAGAUGGGAGAAAGUCCGUCUCAAAAACCACAAAUCAUGAAAUUUGAUCCACAGAUGAACGCUACAAAUUUUGCUGUUAAUGAGUGUGAUAUUCCUCUGCCUCCAUCUUCUGAGAAUUCAAAUCAAGAGAAACUGACAUUGAAUUUGACGAAGGAGGAGCCAUUAGAAAAGAGCAGUUGUAAUCGAUUUAUUCAGAAUGAAUACUCGAAUUUCAAGGAAGAGAAUAUCGAUAUCAAAAAUGAAACGGAGAAAAUUACUGAAGAGAUUAUAGAGCAGAAAGAGCCACCGCAGUCUAGUCCAUACGGUCCGUGGGUACCGGUAGAGAAAAUUCCGGAGAAGCCAAAAGUAAAUUGGGAGUUACCUACUGAGGAACAAGGGCGAAAACGAGCCAGCGAACCGAUUUUGGCACCAGAAGACCUCAUCACAUUUAGCAAUAAGAGUGCAGUGGUAAAACGAAAGAAAAUAGAUGGACCCAUUGAAUUCAGGAAGAGAAAAACAACAAUUAAAAUUAGACAAUCUAUUAUUGAUCAGUAA